AUGGCCUCCGUGCGCGUUGGUGACCAGGUGAUCUCAGACCACGAGGGCAUGGCCAAGGCGGCCUACAACCACUUCACCACCAUCCUUGGCACCGACUCCGGGCGCGAAUUCACGCUGGAUCUGACCAGCUUCCACGUCAAUUCCUUCAACCUCCUGGACCUCGAGGCCCCUUUCUCUGAGGACGAAAUUUGGCGAGCUGUGAAAUGCCUUCCAACGGGAAAGGCGCCUGACCCCGAUGGCUUCACCUCCGAGUUCCUACGCGCCUGUUGGGACAUCAUCAAGCAGGAUAUUUGUGAUGCCUUCGACAAGCUCUACACCAUGAAUGGGCGUGGCUUCCAAAAGAUCAACGAGGCCCUCCUCACGCUGCUCCCCAAGAGACCGAAUGCCGCCUCCAUCUUGGACUACCGCCCCAUAAGUCUCAUCCACCUGAUUUCCAAGCUUUUCGCCAAAGUCCUGCAGCACCUUGGCUUCGGCCACCGUUGGCGUGACUGGAUCUCGAUCCUUCUCUCCACCGCGUCGACACGGGUCAUGAUCAAUGGCCACCCUGGCCCUCCUAUCGACCACGCUUGCGGCCUCAGACAGGGAGACCCCAUCUCCCCCAUGCUGUUCACCAUUGUCAUUGACGUCCUGAACUCGCUCCUCCUCCGGGCGGUCGAUACUGGCCUCCUACAGCGCCUCACGACACGCCACGUGGCCUCAAGCAUUUCACUCUACGCGGACGACGUCGUCAUCUUCUGCCACCCCGACAACCACGACAUUACCACCGUGCGCGAGCUCCUUCGAGUGUUUGGGGUGGCCUCGGGGCUCCGCACCAACUUCGACAAAUGCUCCGCAACACCAAUCCAAUGCAGUGAUGACCACAUUGACACGAUUAGGGCUGAGAUGCAAUGUCCGAUCAAGCAUUUCCCUAUCCAAUACCUUGGGCUGCCGCUCUCCAUCCGCAAGCCACUAACCUCGAGCCUUCUUCCAGUUGUCCACAAGCUCGAGAAGAAGCUUUCCACUUGGCGCGCUUCCCUUCUCUCGAAAGGUGACAGGCUUGCCUUGGUCCGCCAUGUCCUUUGCGCGAUCCCAACACACUUCCUCAUCGCCAUCGCGUUCAACAAGACGAUCCUCAAGCGGGUCAAUCGGAUCAUCCGGAGCUUCCUUUGGGCCGGCAACAAGGACGCGACCGGCGGAAAGUGCCUCGUUAACUGGCAGAAAGUUUGCAGACCCAUCUCCCUCGGUGGGCUAGGCAUCCGCGAUCUAUACCGCGCCGGAAUCGCUCUUCGUACGAGUUGGCUUUGGUUGAAACGCACAGACCCCUCCAGACCCUGGAGCCGCCUUCAUAUCCUGCACGAGGUCGACGUCACCGCCAUUUUUAGGGUGUCCACCACCUGGUGCAUUGGCAACGGCACCAGCUGCAAAUUCUGGAGCGACCACUGGAUCGAUGGGAGAUCGGUGGCUGAGAUCGCCCCCCUCGUGCACUCGCUUGUUCCUCGACGCCAACGAAAAUCUCGCACCGUUAGCGAGGCCAUGCACCUCAGGUCCUGGGUACAAGACAUCAGGGGCGCACUGGGCCCAGCGGCCCUGCUACAGUACGUUGACCUUUGGCGGCAGAUCCGGCAUGUCGAGCUCUCGGCCACCCCCGACACCCUUACUUGGAGAUGGACGGCCUCUGGCCUCUACUCGGCCAGCUCCUGCUACCAGGCCCUUUUCACGGGUCCUGCGGUGACGAUCAUUGGAAACUCACGUGGAAGCCAUGGGCACCUCUUCGCAUCAAGUUCUUCAUGUGGCUCGUGA